AUGGGUUUUACCUUGGAGCUUUUGUCCAUUUACACUUCUUCUAAGGCCCUUCUUCUUCUUUUUCUCUGUUGCAACAGCUGCAUGAGCUUGGCAGAUGGAGUGGAUCGGUUAGCCUUGUUGUCCUUCAAGGCUCACAUAACCAGUGAUCCCUUUCACGUUAUGAGCUCCUGGAAUGACUCUGUCCCCUAUUGUCAGUGGCCAGGCGUUAUAUGUGGCGGUCACAGGCAUCCAAACAGGGUUAGAGCCUUGCGUUUACGGUCCAGUGGAUUGGUGGGGCCCGUGGCUCCAGAAAUAGGAAACCUCAGUUUCCUACGAGAGAUUUCGCUCUACAACAAUAGCCUAAACGGUGAAAUCCCUCGUGAAGUAAGUUUUUUGUUUAGACUUCGUUAUUUAUUCCUAUCCAACAAUUCAUUUGAAGGGGAAAUUCCACCCAACAUAUCACGUUGCUUUAACCUUAUAGAAAUCCAUUUAAGUUAUAAUGAUAUCGUGGGGAAAAUUCCAGCAGAACUUGGCUUUUUGUCGAAGCUUCAAAUCUUUUCAUUCUAUGACAAUCGAUUGAUGGGACAGAUCCCAGCUUCCAUUGGGAACCUAUCAUCCCUUUACGCCAUUUCUGGUGCAGAAAAUGGUAUUAGUGGAAGUAUUCCUGAUGCCGUUGGACAAUUGACAGAAUUAGCAUAUCUCGCGCUUGGUGGAAAUAAGUUGUCUGGUACUAUCCCUCCCGCGAUUUAUAAUAUUUCCUCACUCCGUGUAUUUGAUGUUGGAGAUAAUCAACUUCAAGGGAGUCUUCCAACAAAUUUGGGCUUCAGUGUUCCUAAUCUAAGUUUCUUUUCAAUUGCAAACAACCAAUUUCAUGGACCAAUUCCAAUUUCAAUGUCUAAUUUGUCGAAACUCGAAGAAUUUUAUGCCGGCGAAAACAGUCUUAUCGGGAAAGUGGCUGUUCAUUUUGGAGGCAUGUCAAAACUAAAUCUGCUUUUCUUGGCCAAGAAUCAUUUGGGAAGUGAAGGGGCCGAUGACCUGAAUUUUAUCAGCACAUUGAUCAACUGUAGUAGUUUAACACUUUUGGAUCUUCGUGAUAAUCAGUUCGGUGGUGUGUUCCCCAAUUCCAUAGCAAACUUUUCGACCCAACUAACAUAUCUCUAUCUAUCAAGAAAUCAAAUAUCUGGAGACAUCCCAGUGGGGAUAGGGAACCUUGUAAGCUUACAAUACUUGGGCCUAUCUCGUAACUUACUAGAAGGAAGUAUUCCAACUACAAUUGGGAGACUUCAAAUGCUGAAUAAACUCAAUUUAGAUGGGAACAGAUUCACAGGCCCAAUCCCUUCUUCUCUUGGAAACUUGACACUAUUGAUUGAGCUUGAUUUAGGAGAUAAUAUUUUGCAAGGAAAAGUACCUUCAAGUCUUGGAAAAUGCAAAUAUUUGUUACGCUUAGGCCUUUAUGGUAAUAGUUUCAAUGGUAUCAUCCCCAAAGAGAUAUUUGAGCUCUACACAUUAAUAGAGCUAUACUUGAGUAGAAAUUCUUUCUUUGGUUCUCUACCUUUGGAAGUGGGAAGCUUGACCAAUCUUGGAAUCCUAGAUGUUUCUGAGAACAUGUUGUCUGGGGAAAUUCCUAGCACCCUUGGUACUUGUAUAAUCCUAGAGCACCUUUUUAUGGAGGGUAACUUAUUUCAAGGAUCUAUACCAUCAUCAUUGAGUUCUCUGAGAGGUCUUCAAGAUUUAGAUCUUUCACGCAACAACCUAUCUGGUUUUAUCCCAAAAUAUUUGGAUACAUUUAAGUUCUUACAAAAGUUAAAUUUAUCAUUUAACCAUUUGGAGGGUGGGGUAUCAACAGAUGGAGUCUUUGGAAAUUUGAGUGCAAUUUCAGUCAAUGGAAACGAUAAGCUUUGUGGAGGUAUACCAAAACUUCAUUUGCCAGCAUGCCAAACUCAAAAGUCAAAAGAUGGAAAGCCUCAUGUUUUCAAGCUGAUAGUCAUCAUAUGUGGUUGUGGGGGCUCUCUAUUUUUUAUAUUUAUGACAUAUUUUUUCAUUAUCCACCGGAGCAGAAAAGAAAAGAAGGAAUCCAAUUUAUUUUUGAUAGAGGGUCGUCAUCCUAAGAUUUCUUAUGCCCAACUCUUUAAAUCUACUGAUGGGUUUUCUUCUGCAAAUUUGAUUGGAGUGGGGAGUUUUGGUUCUGUGUACAAAGGAGUUCUCAAUCACGGGGAAACUAUUGUUGCAAUAAAGAUUUUGAAGGCAAUGAUUUUAAAGCUUUAG